GUCCACCACCUUCUAUCUUUUACACCGUGGUGGCGGUCGGCUCGAGAUCGGACGGACAGGGGAUUUGGUUCCUAGAGACACCGCGCGCGGCUAAAUAAAAGCAAUAUGGCGGCGUUGACAGUAGAAUCUGUGCUUGUGGGUGUAUAGUAUUAUCAGAAUGAAAACUACGUAAAUACAGUGGGAAUAAUAAUCUUUAAGCGUACUACGUAAUCAGUGCUUAAUGCGGAUCGAUAAUAUUCAUAUAAUUAUACUGUGCGAUCCCGAUUGAGCCGGUAUUAUUUUCAACCCGGGAACUUUUUUCCGCGCUCUGAGGGCAGCCUCUAGAUGCCAAAAUGUGUAUCGUUAAUGGAUGCAAAUGCUUUUGAUUGUAGGUGUCAUUGUUAGUUGGUUGCAUAAAUCAUUCAUGGUGGUUAGUUUUGUUUCUGGCUUAUAUUAUUAGCCAAAUUACCACCGGCCAGGAUGUCUGCAAACCAAGGGAAAAUGCGAGGCCCAGGUCGACCACCAAAACCAAAGAGUUCCUGUACGUGGUGCGGAGAAACAAAGCAGCCGUUGAAAUACGUACUGCCGACACAGCAUGGAAAAAAAGAGUUUUGUUCAGAAACUUGUUUAUCCGAAUGUCGUAAGGCUUACAUCAGAGGAGCGUGCGUUCAGUGCGACAACGUGAUUAGAGGAACUCCAGUCAGACUGGACCAGAGAGAUACUCCCACCAAGGAUUUUUGCUCUUCCUUCUGUCUUAAUAAGCAUCAGAAAAAAGAGAGUGAAUCAAGAAAAAAUAAUGGUGAACAACCAUCGCCUGCAGCCUCUCCGGCACCUUCUGGCCUCCCUAGUGGAAGUAGCAUCCCUUCGACAACGCAAUCCUAUACUGGCACCAAUAACCAACCAACCGUAUCUCAACCCCCUUCAACGUCGUCUGGUCCUUUCCAGUAUGAGACGUACCAAACGUUUGAUUGGGAAUUAUAUCUCAAAGAGACCAACAGUGUGGCUGCACCUAUUGAUUGCUUUAAACAGCACGAAGUUCCGCCAACAAAUGAAUUCAAAAUGGGAAUGAAACUUGAGGCAUUGGACCCUCGCAACUUGACUUCUACAUGCAUUGCAACGGUAGUUGGAGUCUUGGGGCCCAGAUUAAGAUUGCGCCUUGAUGGUUCGGACAACAAAAACGAUUUUUGGCGCUUGGUAGAUAGCAAUGAAAUACAUCCGAUUGGUCACUGUGAAAAAUCUGGUGGAAUGUUACAACCGCCGCUAGGUUUCCGGAUGAAUGCAUCUAGCUGGCCAAUGUUUCUUCUGAAAACGCUUAAUGGCGCUGAAAUGGCACCAUCUAAAGUUUUUAAACGAGAACCAAAAGAUCCACGUUCCAAUCUCUUCGAAGUUGGGUACAAGCUCGAAGCUAUUGAUAAGAAAAAUCCACAACUUAUAUGCACAGCAACUGUCGGUGCUGUGAAGGAAGAUGUUAUUCACAUAACUUUUGAUGGAUGGAGAGGUGCUUUUGAUUACUGGUGCCGCUUCGAUUCUCGGGAUAUAUUUCCUGCAGGCUGGUGCUUCAAAAGCGGACAUCCCUUACAGCCACCAAGGCAAAAAUCAACUGGACAAAACAGAUUCAAAUCAAGGACAAGCAAUGUCUUGCCAGUGCUCACCGUGUCAGGGGGAGAGCCAGCAGUAGCCUUAGUGAGCCCAGCAGGAUCGAGCGUACCUCCCCAACCAGCGACGGAGCCAGAUACAAGCACGGCAAAUACCAAAACUCGUCAAUUUGAAAAUGUAACGAUGUUUGUGAAUCACAAUUGUUCAUCUGGUCCUUACUUUGAUCCUCGCAAAGUAAAAGCUAUGCCAGCUCAAUUUGGUUCAGGGCCAAUGCUAAGUGUGACAAGAGACAUUUUUCAAGCCUUGUUAAUGGCAGCAAUCAGCCCGAGGCAAAUGCUAAGCUUGCUGAAACGGGGCGAAGGAGAGUGCAUUAAUCUAACUCUUGAAAGCAAACCAACAUCUGUAAGGUUACCAGUGUUUUUAGAAGAAGAAGAUUUUUACACAUACAUCAGAAGACAACUCGAGGAUCUAUGUGCUUGUGAACAUAUGCUCUUCAGACGAAAGGAACAGUGUACAAAAUGUCCUGUACAGCAAUCGACAUCCAACAAAAGAGACGAGCCUAAUGGCACAGCUGAAAAACGGAGAUGGUCCUCUGAUAGCCAACAAAAUCCCACAACCACUGCACCACCUCUUCAAUCAAGUCCUGGUCCUGUUUCUACAAAUAUACCAACCUCACCCACAGCAGCCAAACAACCGAGAAAGCCGGUCCUUGAAUUAGAAGCAGCCACGUCAACGACACAAUCCGAAAGUCCAGCUAGCAGAAUCUCUUCUUCAGAACCAGCUGAGUGGACUAUAGAGGAUGUGAUUCAAUAUAUAGCUGCAACGGAUCCUGCAUUAGGUCAACAUGCAGAUCUCUUCAGGAAACAUGAAAUUGAUGGUAAGGCGCUGUUGCUUCUGAACUCAGACAUGAUGAUGAAGUACAUGGGUUUGAAGUUGGGUCCAGCUCUAAAAAUUUGUAACCUUGUAAAUCGUAUUAAAGGUAGAAGACAUCUGAUGCUGUGACCUAAUCAAGCACAUAAAGACAGAUAAGAUUAAGAAUAACAAUGAUUAUUUACAUUUGAGUCUAAUAAUCAACUCUUCAAUUACUAGCGAUUGUAUUUAAUCGAUGAUAUAUCGAUACAUAGAUCUUGACCGAUUUCUUUUGACAAUGUUCAUUCAUGCAGUGCAUAUGUAUUAUACUCUUCUCAUAUAAGUAUCAGUCCGAUUGAGUUUUAAUUAUCAGAAGUUUCAGAAAGAUAUACAAUAAUUUUCCUGGAGAAAAUAUAGAAAUGACUGUACAGCAUGUAUAGUACAAUUCGUCAUAAUUUAAGUAUAAAUACUUGCUAAUAAAUAUAAAUAGUUUUAUAAUGGUACAAUGGAGACACACAACACUGUAGGCAGAUUGUAUUGAAUAGUGGCUCAUUAUAUCCGUGAUUAUUAUUUUGGCGAUAUACAUACCACGAAAUUGUUGCAAAUGAUUAGAAACGCGGAAAAGAAAAAAAUGUAUGAUUGCAAACCAGUUAUCUAUCUAUCUAUCUGCUUCAUAAAAAGUAAAACAAUGAACUACCUAAUUUCGCAUGUGUAAUUAAUUUUGGUACACUAUUGCCUACUAGUAUCAGGUAAUAUUCGUAUGCAAAUGAUGAAAGCUUCAGAAAUGGCACAAGGAAAUAACAUGACAUAUUUGUAUUUUACGUAACAGAUCUGCUUGCCUGCACAUACAGAUAGCCAUAAAAGGUUCUGUAUAUUAAUUUUAUAUUUUUAACUAGCAGAUCGUAUUUGCAAAAUACAUUUUUUCUUCAUUCGCUUUACUUUCAUUGUUUAUGAGUGACUGAAAGUAAAAAAUUCAUCAAUAACCGAUCUUAACUGCAUAAAAUGUGUUUCAAAAGGCCGAAAGUGGAGAAUGGACCAUCCGAGUACAUGAAUACAAUUUUAAUUGCUAUCAAUACAAUUUAACAUAUGUUGUACUACCAAUGUUUCUUUAUCGACAUAAAAGUAAGCUUAGGGUUGAUGUGGACUUAAAUGUAUGGCGUUGCAAUUUACAAUUUGAUUGGACUUGAAUGAGGAAAUAGAAAAUAUCGUGAUUUUUGUUAAAAUAUUCUAAUCAAAAUGUAAAAAAAUGCUGUAAAAAUGUGAAUAGAUGAAGGAAAGAAAAACACAAAUUAAUCUCACAAGUAGUGGUGUCAUACUAUAUACGUAAAUACCACGUGCCCCUUUGUAUAUUUACAGUAUUGUAUUACUGUGUGAAGAAAGAUCAAUCGUUUGGGAAAAUUUAAUUACACAAUGUGGCCAAUGUUCUAGUAUAUUCGCAAAGAUGCUUUAAAAAAGAAAAAAUCAACAGAAUAAAAUGACAAUGGUCAAAAAUAAAAUAUUUCCCAAAAGUGGUUCAACCCUGCAGUCCAAAUCAAUAAAAACACACGUGAUAUUGUUUAGAUAUUGGGUAUUUUCUAGAUUUGAGGCUUGGAUAUAUAUGCAAUGAAAUUACACCAAGCGAUUUAAACCUAAAGAUGGUUACUGCAUUAUGAAUGGUAAAUAAAAUGUCACAGACACAUUGAUUCAUAGAAUUUAUCUCCUGUUAAUUAUCCCAAAGAUAUUGCCGUCCUGAUACAAUCAUGUAACGAGUGUUGUUUAAAGAAACACUUUUGUAUUCAAUGGGCAGGCAGAAUAUCUAUAUUAAAAUUUUUGGAACAUAUUUUCGCUUCGAAGAUAUUGGAUGGGCAUGUAACAACAAAAAAUGAAAAAAAAUAAGUACACUAAAAUUUUGCUCACAGCGUUACAAUGCGUGAAGGGAUUGAAUCAUAUGACUUAUUAGAAAGAAGUUACUUUCUGAAUUUAGAAUAUCACGGCCGUUAAUUUUCAGAUACAUGUUUACAUAAAUUAUCUAUGCCUAUGUGUUUUUAAAUUUAGAUUCAUAUGAUCAUUCCAAUCUUGUGCAUCAGCCGCAUGAAAUCUCUAUCUAAAUUUUACCGAUAUUCAAAAUUUUUUCAAUACUGUAGCUCAAAAUGUGGGAGUUGUGUUCAAUGCAUAUUAUAUUUAGUAAUAAUAAUCUAUCUUCAGUUGAUUGAUGUAGCUGAAAAUCAUAUAUUAUACUUAUUCAAAUAUCAGAGAAUCAGUUACCUGAGGCGAUCGGUAAUCCACAUUAGUCAACCAGUUUUUCUCCACAUACGAGUGGUUAGGUAGUGUAAACGAUGAGUAUCAUAAUGGUGUAAGCAACACACGUUGCAUACAGAAAAGUCCUACAUGUAUAUUUUCUACAUACUUCGGUAGUUUAUAGAUCAAAAUAAUUAUUCUUUAACAAAGUCUGUACAACAGAUAGAAUAGCAUUGACAGAACUAGUUUUACUUGAUACCUAUUACGAUAUGAUAAUAUGUAUAUAAAUAAUUAUAUUUACACUAUGAUAACUAAUACUAGCAUAUAAUUUCCUUACAUAUUCUAUUCCCAUGGUUUUGUGAUAGCAUUACUCAGAGAUAUAUUAAUUUUACUUUAAUAUUUUUAUGACAAAAGUAUUUUUCAAAGAUAGCUUUGAUAUCCAAAUAAAUAUAGAAGUCACCUGAUAGAUUGCUAUACUGUCAAUGCAGUGGCUCACGAAUUAUACAUAUAAUUGCGUUAAGCUGUUUCAGCGACUAGUACAUUAACAGUAUGGAUCAUAUUUCACCCGAAGUCUGUUUCUCAAAAUAUUAUUAUACUUAUUUCUUAAGUGAAUAGAAUGUUCGAGGCAUAAACAGAAUAUUGCUAGCCGUUAUAUCGAUAUAACAUCGUUACUUUUCAUUCAACGAUAUUUGAAAUAACUUACCAUUUGUUAUCAAUAGUAUUGCUUUUUCCCUAUUUUUCAUCUCUCGAUAUUUUAAUAGAUAUAAUGAAGUUUAAUUAACUCUAAUAGAUCGCUUAGUUGUCUUAAAAAUCAAUCGUGGUUUUAUAAUUUACACUGUUGUAUUUAAAUUCCAUCUUUCUGCGUUCCAGUGAAGCUUAAACCAAAUUUUGUGCCCACCGUUUUUCUUGGGCCACUUUUUUCAGUAUAUCUUAUGUAAUUUCAUGUUUCAAAUAUACUCCCAUGUAAUGUAUAUUACUGAGAAUUUUUUCGUGAGACGCUCAUUGUUGGAAUGUCAAAUAUUGGUUUCAUGGUUUUUGUUUUUAUACAAAAGUUUUCAGUUUUACGAUUUAUUUGAAAUACUCGAAACGACUAAUUUCACGCUGUGAGCGAACUUAAUAUACUGAGCCUCUAUGCUAAAUAACUUAUUCAUAAGUAUCGGAACACACCUACUUAUAAAAAUGAAUACAACAGUUCAAUUCUGCGACGACAAACUUGGCAUAAUUCAUGGCAUUAAUGUGUUUCUUAUAGGUGAAAUUAUAUGAGAACGUUGAGUGGUAAUAUACAUAUUAAAAAAUUUAAUAUCUCCUCAAAAUGAUAAUUGAAUUUAAGAUAAGCUAUAUUAACGAUAAAUAAGUGUAUGUUGAUCUUCAAAUUAGAUUCAAUCAAUUUGGAAAUACAUAUGUUAAACCUCUAUCAAAAUUUCGUAUGCAUGUAAAUGAAGAACAAUUGACAAAUUUGCAUACAAUAUUUAACUUAUCUUCUAAAUAUCUCUUAUACUUCACAUCAAACUGCAAUUAAGUUGAUUUAUUACAUUAUAAAAUAAGAUAAUGUGUUGUAAAUAAGUGUACAUUACAUCCCAGCCUUCUUGUCAUCAGCCGUGAUUAUUCGUGUUUACCAAAACAUAUAGAUAGUGAUGCCGCAUGAUUUUUAAUUAUUAUUAAUAAUUUUCUCUUCAUAUCGUAUCGAUAUAUUGAACGGAUUCAAUCACUGUUUAUGUUUUCUGCGAUGCAUACCUAAAAGAAUGAUAUAUGCAACAAACUAGACUUGGCAUGUAUAAGUUUAACGAGUAAGGUAUAAGAUUUGUUGUAAUGUAAAAUCGGACCUUUGUGCAUUUGUUAAUGUUAAUAUAAAGAAGAAUUACACUUUUAAUAAGCAACAGAUAAAUUUUAUAUGUGAUAUAAUUCAAGUAUGUCAACUGAUCAGUUGAAAAAGUAAUAAAAGUUAGUUACUGUAUUGAG